AUGGCGAGCUCAAAAAACGCAGCACUGCUUGUGGCUUUCCUCUGUCUAAUCCUUGUUCAUGGGAUAAAUGGUGACAACGACCUGACAGUCGAAAAAGCCACCAUCGAUUGUCCAGAAAAGUGUGCAUAUCGGUGCAGCAAGUCUUCGAGGCAUAAAAUGUGCAUUAGGGCUUGCAAUACUUGCUGCCAGAGGUGCAACUGCGUUCCUCCAGGCACCUCCGGGAAUGAAGAUGUCUGCCCUUGCUAUGCCCGCAUGACAACUCAUGGAGGAAGGCACAAGUGCCCUUAA